CAAAACUGAUGCAGUUCAAAAUUAAAGCGAGAGAUGAAAACUUUAUUAGAGAGUUAUUAAUUAGUGUCACAUACACAUCUUCGCACCAAACAAUUCUCGCUGAAACCAAUAAUCUUGGUCUUUUAUGUCUUCUUUCAUUUAAUGUACACUCUCUCUCAUCUUCUUCCUCUCUAACUACUUUCCCUCUAUUUAUUUUUCCUCAUUUUGUUUUUCUCUCCAACAGCUAAACACAUCCUUUCCGCGGUGAAAAUGCAGCCGUCCGGUGAUCCGGCGACGGAGAAGAAGGAGGAGGUGAAAGCGACGCCGAAGGUGUCACUGCUUAAGCUCUUCUCCUUCGCAGAUUUCUACGAUUGCGUUCUGAUGGUUCUCGGAUCCAUCGGCGCGUGCAUUCACGGCGCCUCCGUACCGAUCUUUUUCAUAUUUUUUGGCAAACUCAUCGACAUCAUAGGUUUAGCUUAUCUUUUCCCACAACAAGCCUCUCACAAAGUCGCCAAGUACUCGUUGGAUUUUGUAUAUCUGAGUGUGGCUAUACUAUUCUCAUCAUGGUUAGAGGUUGCAUGUUGGAUGCAUACGGGAGAGAGGCAAGCAGCAAAAAUGAGGAGAGCUUAUCUCCGGUCAAUGUUAAGCCAAGACAUAAGCUUAUUCGACACCGAAGCUUCGACUGGAGAAGUCAUCUCCGCCAUCACCUCCGACAUACUUGUCGUACAAGAUGCUCUCUCCGAGAAGGUUGGGAACUUCUUGCACUAUAUAAGCCGGUUCAUAGCCGGUUUUGCAAUCGGAUUUGCGAGGGUAUGGCAAAUAAGUCUCGUCACUCUAUCCAUAGUCCCACUCAUUGCUCUAGCCGGCGGAAUUUACGCGUUCGUCGCCAUCGGACUUAUCGCCCGUGUCCGGAAAUCAUACAUCAAGGCCGGUGAGAUUGCGGAAGAGGUGAUCGGGAAUGUGAGGACCGUACAAGCAUUCACCGGUGAAGAAAGGGCGGUGAGUUUAUACCGAGAAGCCCUCAAGAACACGUACAAAUACGGGAGAAAAGCCGGUUUAACCAAAGGGCUUGGUCUUGGUUCGUUGCACUGUGUCUUGUUUCUGUCGUGGGCCUUGCUCGUUUGGUACACAAGCAUCGUGGUCCAUAAGGAUAUCGCCAAUGGUGGCGAAUCAUUCACUACCAUGCUCAACGUUGUCAUCGCCGGCUUGUCUCUUGGACAAGCGGCACCGGAUAUCUCCGCGUUUGUACGGGCAAAAGCUGCCGCGUACCCAAUUUUCAAGAUGAUUGAACGGAACACGGUGGCAAAAGCAAGCGACAAAUCUGGCCGUAAACUUGGGAAAGUAGAGGGACACAUUCAAUUAAAGGACUUGACUUUCAGUUACCCUUCUCGCCCCGAUGUUAUGAUCUUCGACAAGCUAAACCUAAGUAUCCCUGCGGGAAAAGUCGUGGCACUCGUUGGAGGAAGCGGAUCAGGGAAGAGCACGGUGAUAUCUUUGAUCGAGCGGUUCUACGAGCCCAUUUCAGGAGCGGUGUUGCUGGACGGGAACGAUAUCAAAGAGCUAGAUCUUAAGUGGUUAAGGGGGAAAAUUGGUUUGGUUAAUCAAGAACCAGCUCUGUUUGCGACAACAAUUCGCGAGAACAUUAUGUAUGGCAAAGAUGACGCGACCGCUGAGGAGCUUGGCCGUGCCGCAAAGCUCUCAGAAGCUAUCUCGUUCAUCAACAACCUCCCUGAAGGCUUUGAGACCCAGGUCGGUGAAAGAGGGAUUCAACUAUCUGGUGGGCAGAAACAGAGGAUUGCGAUAUCAAGAGCAAUCGUGAAGAAUCCAUCGAUACUCUUACUUGACGAGGCGACAAGUGCUUUAGACGCAGAGUCAGAGAAGAGCGUACAAGAAGCGUUGGAUCGAAUGAUGGUCGGGAGAACAACGGUGGUGGUGGCUCACCGACUCUCAACCGUAAGAAAUGCUGACAUUAUAGCAGUCGUUCACGAAGGGAAGAUCGUUGAAUAUGGAAACCACGAUAAUCUCAUAUCUAAUCCCGACGGAGCCUACUCUGCUCUCCUUCGUCUCCAAGAGACUGCCUCGCUGCAGCGUAACCCUUCCUUGAAUCGCUCGCUCAGCAGGCCACACAGCAUAAAAUAUUCGCGGGAACUAUCAAGAACAAGGACGAGCUUCUGCUCGGAGAGGGAAUCGGUAACUCGACCGGACGGGACGGAUCCGUCCAAAAAGGUCAAAGUAACGGUGGGACGUCUUUACUCUAUGAUCCGCCCGGACUGGAGGUUAGGCUUGUGUGGCACGGUAUGCGCCUUUAUUGCUGGAUCUCAGAUGCCGCUUUUCGCGCUUGGAGUCUCGCACGCCUUGGUCUCGUAUUACGCGACUUGGGACACCACUCAGAAGGAGAUCAAGAAGAUCGCUAUCCUCUUCUGCUGCGCUUCUGUCCUCACCGUCAUCGUCUACACCAUUGAGCAUGUCUGCUUCGGCACUAUGGGCGAGCGUCUCACUCUCCGCAUCCGCGAAAAUAUGUUUUCAGCGAUCUUGAAGAACGAAAUAGGGUGGUUCGAUGAAGUCGACAAUACGAGCUCGAUGCUGGCGUCGCGGCUAGAGAGCGAUGCGACUCUGCUUAAGACCAUAGUGGUCGAUAGGUCGACGAUUCUACUCCAGAACUUAGGCCUCGUUGUGACCUCUUUCGUCAUUUCCUUCAUACUCAACUGGCGUCUCACUCUUGUCGUCUUGUCCACGUACCCAUUGGUUAUAUGCGGCCAUAUCAGCGAGAAACUUUUCAUGCAAGGCUAUGGAGGAAACUUGAGCAAAGCGUACUUGAAGGCCAACAUGUUGGCCGGAGAGUCUGUUAGCAACAUCCGCACGGUCGCUGCCUUUUGUGCUGAGGAGAAGGUUCUAGAACUUUAUUCAAGGCAGCUUUUAGAACCUUCCAAACGUUCUUUCAGGCGUGGACAAAUAGCCGGGCUUUUCUACGGCAUCUCUCAGUUCUUCAUUUUUUCCUCCUAUGGCCUCGCUCUCUGGUACGGGUCAACUUUGAUGGAUAAAGGAAUAUCGAGCUUCAAAUCAGUGAUGAAAACAUUCAUGGUUUUGAUCGUGACGGCUUUAGCGAUGGGUGAGACAUUGGCUCUAGCUCCGGAUCUGCUGAAAGGAAACCAGAUGGUUGCGUCUGUGUUCGAGAUCUUGGACCGGAAAACUCAGAUCGUUGGAGAAACCAACGAGGAGCUGACUAAUGUGGAAGGCACGAUUGAGCUCAGAGGCGUCCACUUUAGCUACCCUUCGAGACCAGAUGUUGUAAUUUUCAAGGACUUUGAUCUGGUAGUCCGUUCCGGAAAGAGCAUGGCCCUCGUCGGACAGAGUGGCUCCGGGAAAAGUUCGGUCAUUUCACUCAUUCUCCGGUUCUAUGACCCUACCGCAGGAAAAGUCAUGAUAGAGGGAAAGGACAUCAAGAAACUAGAUUUGAAAGCACUGAGGAAACACAUUGGUCUGGUUCAGCAAGAACCAGCACUUUUCGCGACGACAAUCUACGAGAACAUUUUGUACGGAAACGAAGGAGCGUCACAAUCUGAAGUAAUCGAAUCGGCUAUGCUCGCAAACGCUCACAGCUUCAUCACCUCUCUCCCGGAAGGUUACUCUACGAAAGUCGGUGAACGCGGCGUACAGAUGUCAGGCGGUCAGCGACAGAGAAUCGCUAUCGCUAGAGCCAUCCUCAGGAAUCCAGAGAUUCUGCUCCUUGACGAAGCCACAAGCGCUUUGGACGUUGAAUCCGAGCGUGUAGUACAACAAGCAUUGGACCGGUUGAUGACCAACCGGACAACGGUGGUGGUUGCUCACCGGUUAUCGACGAUCAAAAACGCCGACACGAUAAGUGUAUUACAUGGAGGUAAGAUCGUGGAGCAAGGCAGUCACCGUAGGCUCGUUCUGAACAAGACUGGUCCUUAUUUUAAACUCAUCAGUCUUCAGCAGCAGCAGCAGCAAAAUCCUUAAAUACUAUAUAGUUAAACUAUAUAAAACACUUGAUUAUGGAAAAAUACUGAUCAUACUUUUUUUUUUAUUGGAUGUGAUUAUGUUAAUCAUAAUAUGUGAUUAUGUCAGUCAUCUUGAUUUAUCGUUUGUGAGUUUACAUUGAAAAAAAAGGUUAUGAAAAUCAAAUUAGGAAUUGCUCUAUGUAAUUCCGUAAAACUCUCCUUAAUUUAUCAUCAUU